AUGGGGAAACAAAAUUCCAGACAAUUAAAUAAAAUUUAUCGACAACCUUUACCUAUUGAUAUUUUAAAAUUUCGUAAUGAGAUUACUAUUAAUCCAUUAAGUUGGAUUAAAUAUUUAAUUAAUUUUUUUAAAUUCAAAUUUUUCAUUAAAGAUUCACCAAAAUUAAAAGUUGAAUUAGAUGAUGGUAUAUUUAAAGUAGUUGAUCCAAAAGUAAUGAUUAAAUUAUGGAGAGAAGGAUUUUUUGGUAAAGGUAUAUUAUCAAGAUCUGAACCUACUUGGUAUGAAAGAACAAUAGAAAGAUUAAAUUUAGUAUCUAGUACCAAUAGUAAAUUAACAAUGGAACAAGUUACUAAAAUUAGAAGAAAUGAAAGAAAUGAAUUUAAAAAGAAAAGACAAAGAUUACAAGAAUUAAUUUUAAAACAAAGACAAAAUAUUAUUAGUGAAGAUGAAAUUAAUGAAAUGAAUAAAAUUGAUGAAGAAUUAGUAGAAUUUAGAAAGAAAGAAGGAUUAGACUUAGAUAACAUAGUUGACGAAGAAGUAGAACAAACUAGAGAAGAAGAUACUGCUAUUAUUGAUCCUACCACCAAAUCUUUAAUUAAACUUGAAUUUUUACAAUUACAAACAGUUGAAGCCUUUUUUUUAAAAUUUGCAUUGAAUAGAAUUGAGAUAAAUGAUUUAUCUGUAAGAGAUUUAUUCAUUAAAUGUUGUAAAUUAUAUGAUGAUGAUGAUGAAAUCAAAACAAAUAAUAAAUUUAUUUUAAAUUAUGUUAUUUAUCAUUAUUUUAGAUCAAAAGGUUGGUGUGUUAGAUCAGGUAUUAAAUUCGGAGUUGAUUUUUUAUUAUAUAAAAGAGGUCCACCAUUUUCACAUGCUGAAUAUUGUAUACUGAUUUUUCAAAAUUCAAAUUCUUUAGGAAGUAAUAUAUCAGAAUUAGAUUGGUUUCAAAUGAGUACUAAAGCAAGAGUUGUUGGUGGUGUUAAAAAAAAUUAUAUUCAUUGUUAUAUUGAAUCACCAAAUCAAAAUAAAUUUAAUGAAAUUUUAAAUAAUAAUACAAUUGAUGAUGGAUUAAUGUUGAAACAAUUAUUUUAUGAAUACAAGAUAUCUGAAUUAAUUUAUAGAAGAUGGAAUCCUAGCAGGACUAGAGAUUAA